ACCACUCAACAUGCGUCUAUUUGUGACCCUUUGCACUCUGGUGGCUCUUAGCCAGGCCAAGCCCCAGGGCUACAACUAUGGAAGUGGAGUCUCUGGUUCCCUGACCAACUCCGGUUCCAGCGGUAGUUCCUCUGGCGGUUUCCUAACCGCUCCCAGCCACUCCUCGGUGGCAUCCUAUGGACCGUUGGGUGCCUUCCAGACCGCCAGCGUGGGCUCCCUGGUGGGCAGUUCCUCUGCCCCCCAGGCUGUCAGCCACUAUGGUGGUGGUAGUGGAGGCACCUACUCCACUGGUGGUGGCCAUGGAGCCACCUACUCCACUGGUGGUGGCCAUGGAGUCACCUACUCCACUGGUGGGCAAGGAGCCGCCUACUCCACUGGUGGACAAGGAGCCACCUACUCAACUGGUGGACAAGGAGCCACAUACUCAACUGGCGGUGCCUCCAACUAUGGCGGCGGCGGCAGCUCCUUCACCGGAUUCGGACCCUCGCCCAACAUUGGAUUCGGCGUUCUGGCCGGCUACCAGGCACCCAGCUACCAGCAGCAGCAGGAGCAGGAGGUCCAGCGCGGCUUCCAGGAGCCCAUCAUCCACAAGCAGUUCUUCACUGUCGCCGCUCCCGAAGAGCAUGAGAAUCUGGAGCGUUCCAAGCAUCUGGUGAUUGGACGCCCGCAGAAGAAUUACCGGGUGGUGUUCAUCAAGGCCCCAUCCUCCAGCAAUGCCAAUGUCAAGCUGUCCGCCGAAUAUGCACCCAAGGAGGAGAAGACCGUCAUCUAUGUGCUCAGCAAGAAGGACAACCAGCUGGAGGUCAACGAUAUCGCCACGCCCGCACCCACGGUGCCCAGCAAGCCGGAGGUCUUCUUCAUCAAGUACAAGACCGAUGCGGAGGCCUCUCAUGCCCAGCAGCAGAUUCAGGCCGAAUACGACAGGAUCGAGGGAACCUCGGAGCACCAGGAUGGCGGAGUGGCCCCUGCCCAGUCGGUGGUUGGCAUCUUGGAUGGUGGCGCUGUUGGUGCCGCCAGCACUGGCAGCUCUCACUUCGUUUCCGGAGGCACUGGCUCCACCGACGGCAGCUCCCACUACGUUUCUGGCUCCACUGGCGGCAGCUUCUCCUCGACCUCGGGCGGCAGCACUGGCGGAAUCUCUGGCGGCAUCACCGGAGGAUCCAUCUCCGGCGGCACCAUCAUCAAGAAUGCCCAGAGUGCCACCUAUCUGCCACCCAAUGGCAAAUAG